AUGCCUGUCCAGCUUCUCCCGGCUUCGGCCGCAGCCUUUGCCCCGAGGGCAUCUUCUGUCAACGUUGUUUUGGGAUCCAAGGUUGAGGGAUGGCUUACACAAACUUUGAAGCGAGUCAACAGGGUAAAACGUCCUCUCAACAGCGUCCCUCAACACCAAAGAUGCCUUACCGAGACCUUGUCCUCACCCAAUGCCAUCUGGACUCUUGCCUCCAUCAUGCUGCCCAAGCUUCCCGAAGCUGAGAUGCCCACCGAGGAACCCGAACUCUACUUUAGCUAUCAGCUGGUUCACAUUGAGGCCUAUAUUGUUCACGUCGAUAUGGUCUUGCGCAACGAAGUCGCCUACAAACUCACAACCGAUACAAUCGAUGCCCUGGUCGAGUACCACGAGAAGAUCCAUUGCGUUGACGCCAAGGCAAACACCUACGACUGGUCAGAGAAGGAGCAACAGUGCAAAAAGCUCCACGAAGACUUUGUCCAGGCUGUCAACAAGUUUGUCUACCGCACUCAUGUCAGCGCCCUGGAAGGUCUCGAAGAGGAGGGUGCUGGUGAAUUGCUCUGCGGCAAAAGUGAAGAGGUCAAGAACAACCUCAUCGGACUGAUGAAGCCUCUACUGCCUCCACCCCCCCGCGUUGUGGAUGUUGUGCGCCAACCUCCUCUCCUCCCCAGCUCUCCGGUCAACAAUAUGUGGUCACAGCCUGCCAUGCACGGCUCCCUGCCCGCCGUGGAACCAUGGCGAGUCCUGCCUUCAAGCCCAAGCGUGACGUCGACAUCAGCAGAUUCCAGCGCUUCCAUGUGGGCGACCAUGGGCAUGAGCGACGUCCAGAUGCCCUCGCCUACCCCGGCCUUUACCCAACCACACGUCACUGCUGCUCUCUACUUCAGCUCGCCACCCAUCAGCGCGCCAAUGCCCGCAGCUCUGCCUCUGCCUAGCAUGCUUGCAUCAUCACAAUGUGGCGUAAGCGUCGGCAUGGGUGGAUUCGGUUGGGAUCGCUACCAGGAGUACGCGACUAUAAUGUGA